CGACCAUUUCUCAGCUCUGCAAGCUUCAUUUUAUCCAUCCUUACACAAUUCACAUAUAUCCUCGAGUAAGGAGAACAGCUGGAUCCCAUCAUGAAAUAUGGACUUAUCCCACGGUUCACGACACAACGGCACUGCACGGAGCUUCAAUGGCUGUUGGACCUGCCGACUCCGACGCAAGAAAUGUGAUGAAAGACACCCUGUGUGCGAGACGUGUGCUGGUCUACAUAUCGACUGCUACUAUGCACAGGAAAAACCGGAGUGGAUGGAUGGUGGAGCGAGGCAAGAAGAGAUGGCCGAGCGUUUCAAACGCAAGAUUAAAGAACAUCGCCAUCGUGGGGAAAUCGUGGAGAGUCUCUCUGUCGAGCAUAUGCCAAGUAUUGAUCCUACAAAUGCUGCCUGGACUGUACUUCCCCAUCUGGACGCUCCGACAGAUGAUGUUCUCAGGAUAACCACAGACAUCAGAAGAGAUGAGCCGUGUCCCGAGGUACCGGCUGUGCAGCGCCAUAAUGGGACUACUUGCAGUAUCACUAGCAAAGACCCUCUCGUCCUUGGCCGGUCUGAAAUCAUUCUGCUCAUGUUUUGUCUCGAACAUGUACUACCGUUCUUGUUCCCGUUCUACAACCCUUCUCCCCUUCACGGUGGCAGAGCAUGGAUCCUGGAAAUGAUGAUUGGGAGCCCUGUAUUUCGACAAGCCACCCUGUGCCAAAGCACUUAUUUUUUCUCCCUCGCGCAGGAGACAUCCAAUCCCGAUGAUGUUUUCGAGUCGGUGCUCAAACAGACAGGAGAUGCCUUCGAAGUACUGGGACAGUCUCUGCAGGUGAUUCAAGGUUCAAGCAUCACUGAACAUAUUCACGGCGCUGUACGGAUUAUGACAAGCAUCAUGCAGGUACAGCGAUUCGAGGUUUCCAUCUCAAGCUUCAAAAACUGCCAGUCACACCUCAACGCCGCUCUGACUCUUUUUGAACAACUUCUCAACAGUGCUGGCGAGGCCGAGAACGCCUGUCCCAGCUCAAAGUUCCACGCUGUUAUGAGUCUUCUGGGGCCCUCGUCAUGGCGCCUGCCUAACCAAUGUAUCCAGGGGCCAAGAUCUGAGCAAGCUGCCUUUCGUUUCUCAGUCACCCUCUUGAUGUUGGAUGAUAUCAUCGCCAGCACAGUGCUCCAGGAGCAACCUAGACUGUAUGAGUAUCACAGCAGUCUCCUUGAUGGGAUUGAAUGCCUCAUCAAUUUUGAGGCUGUUGUAGGCUGUCAGAAUUGGGUGUUGUUAAACAUCAGCGAAGUUUCUGUGCUUGAUGCGCGGAAACAUCAGUGUAGUCGUAGUGGAACUCUCGACGUCAUGGAACUCGUCCACCGCGCCACAUAUAUCAAGGCCUCGUUGGAAGCACACCUUACAAAGAUCGAAAUGGAGCCAGCCUUUCUUCCCAAGCGCACAAACAGCAUACUAGAUGUACUCGGAGCAGAUUCACAGCAGUCAACAGUGCCUGCAGACCAAACUUCCUUGGUAACUCGUGUCUGGGCUCAUGCAGCUCUCCUUUAUCUCUCUGUGGUUGUGUCUGGGUGGCAGCCAGCUAAUAACGAUGUGCGAUAUCAUGUGGCUCGAAUUUUGAAGCUGCUGAGUCAAAUAUCCCCUCCGGCGUUAUUGAGGACUAUGGCCUGGCCAUUCUCCAUUGCUGGCUGUCUUGCGGAGUCAGCUCAAGAAACUCAUUUCCGUGAACUGGUGGGAGUCUUGGAACCAUCAGUUGUGUUUGGGACUUUGCGCAAAGCACUCGAGAUCAUGGAAAGAGUGUGGCAAAACAGGAAUGCACCUGCUGCUGGCCGCGAUCUCGCUGCAUGUUUCAAAGGCGAAGGUGACCUUGUCUUACUUGUCUAGGAAGGAGGUCGAUCAUGUAGUUGAAUGAUAGGAAACUGAAAUGCUUGUGGUACGAGUCUUUCACAGUAUGACAACAUCUAUCCUUGAAUGGGCGUCUCAUUUGAACUGGACAUAUCCCUUGCCGUUGACGAAGGUGGCGUGCCAUGGAACAUUCUCCCCUUGG